UAUUAUGAACCUAGCAGAGUGCUUGUCACCUGGGUGGAACUCAAUAAAGGUAGCUUUUGUUAUUGUGAGGGAGAUGGUGAUAAAAGGUUUAAAAAGAUAGUAAAAAAUUGUCUAGUUUAUUUUUCUAAGAGGACAUGGAAAUGGGGUAUUCCUGGGCUUUACUGGGGUUGAGCUUAAAGGGUUAAAACGAUAUAUCCUUGCAGUUUUUCCUGCAAACAUACAUGUUUUAUCCAAAGGAAAUUCUGACCUCUAACCCCAUUCACACUUUCCUUUCUCACUCUUUUAUUGCUAUAGAGGAUUUGAUGAAGGGAGAAAGGCAACUCCUGGGUCCUAGUCCCAAGGGUAGAACUAAUGGAGAAUUCCUUUUAUUCUUCACCUCCCAUCCUUCUCCAUUUCCCCAUUUACAUUCAUUUUCCAAUUUGGUGGAAAAAAACAAUUUUAUAGGAAGCUGGCUGUCUGCAGACUAAUCUUAGCACCAAGGUGCCACAGGGUUUCUGGAAUGCCUUUCUGGAGGCAAAACAGACACAUCCCAAAGUCUGGUUUAUGUAGUCCAAGGGAAAGAGUACUUGUGGUAGUCCACAGGAUUCUCUCUCUGAUGUGUUGUCCUAGUCUUUGUAUAAAAUGUUGGUUUUCUCUAUAAGUGUUGGGUAUUUUCGGUGUAACAGCUAGAGCAAUGCCCAGUAGCUUUUUUUUUUUUCCCCUGCUGAAUAUGUUUGUUCUUAAUGGUUGAGGUAAGGUGAAUAAUUGCUAUUGGUGUAAGUUAAAGACCACUUUUCUAAACUAUGGGUUAUCAUGCUUGGUAUUUUCUCCUAUCUGCCUGACUUGGGGCCACCUGAACCCCAUUUUGGUCUUUGAAAUUUAGCUGACCUUGGCCUUGGAUGAAAUACUAAUGUACUGAGUAUAAUAUUUUUGGUUUAGGUCAAAAUUGAGGAAUUCAGUGCCAUAUAUUUCAACUGGGUGCUUUUUGAAGAAAUUAUAAAUUACCGUAGUUUAGCAUAAACACCUGCUGAUACUGUUUCUGAAUAUUUACAUGAAUAUUGAUCAUUGAGCUCUUACUAUCUUUCAAUGUGAAUGCUUUAAGUGCUUGUAGACAUUUUCUACACUGUGAAAUUGUAUGUCCGUAGCUAGAAUCUUUGUAAGAGAGCUCUCACUGCUUUAAAGUCAAAUAAACCUAGAAAAUAAGCAGAGGAAUUAUUUUUAAACACCAUUUACUGGUAUAUAAAUGCAGAUUAUAGAGAGAUGAACUUAAGGAUAACUCAUGUUGCUCAUAAAGUUGUCAUAGUCAUGGUUACAAUUAUGCAAAUUGGCACAGGCUUUUGUUGUUGUUAUAGUACUGCAAACACAGUUUAAGAUGUUAAGACCCUUUAAAUCAUUUAUAAUUAUGGACUAAUUUCAUCUUGAAGGAAGAAGUGAUAAUAUUCUUAUCUCCCAUCAUUUAAAGGUGAAACGUACCUCAAAGCAGUGGAGAUUGUGCCCUACAAAAGACAACGUGCUUAAAGCAGAUUUUCUCAGGACUUGAGUUCUAAAUUUCGCUGCUUCAGGGACUCAUAUGAUGGCUAUGUAGUAUAGAUUUAGAGAGAGUUUUAAAGACUCCUGUUGACAUAGGUGAACAGAAUGGUUCCUUGGAAACCGUUUAGAUGUCCAGUCACAGUAAGUGUGGAUUACAGGUUCAGAUGCAUAUUGUGUGAAGUGACAUGGAGCAGAGUGCUUGGAGAAGCCUGUGGUCUCUAUUAUGAACAGUGCUUUCUUCUAGUGUUUUAAUGACUGUUGUUUUAAAAGAAAAAAAAUCAGCAUUGAAACUAUCUGGAAGGUAAAGCUCCUGAAACCUAACCCAAAAGGCAUGCUCUCAUCGAAAACUCUUCUUAGUACUUGCAGUGCGGUGAUAGCUGAGGACAUGUGGUAUAUAUUACAGUGCCAGGGAAUUCAGACCUCUGCAGUGUGGAGUCACCAUGAAAGGCUAAUCUAAAAAUGAAGUGGUAGCUUUGCUCGCAUCAUAACUCUGUUACUUACUGGUGCUUCCUAUUAGCUUGACAUUAGUCUAGUCUUCUUUGGGUGAGAUAGAAGAAAUGGAAAUUCAAAGGGGACCACAGCAGGGGAUAUAUGGGCUGCCAACCCCUCCCCUAGCAAUCCCUCCAGCCUGUACUCAGCAUUUCUCUCUGGGCAUGACAAAGUCUUACAGAGUCAUUGCAAAAAGGGCUAAAGGCAGAGCUGUCCAUGGUUAGGAAAAAAACGUUCAAACUGUUGGUCGAAAAUCAGGUAAUAACAGUCUUCUUAGUGAACAAAACUUAUUAGAGGGCUAGGGAAGGAAUGCUAUCUCUCAGCAGCAGGCAGGAAGAAAUUGCUGUUGAAAAGCUUACCUCUCUAGGGAGGAAUCAGAUAGCAGACUUCGCCAAGCCUCAGGUCCAACCCAUAAGGUCCCACCUACACCCCCCACCCCCCUCCCCAUCCCAGCUUUGUUAGAUUGCUAGCAUCGAUCGCUGGCUUUUUCUGACCCAACAGUGGGUGAAGGAAAGAGACUGAAAGCCGGCAAGGUGGGGGUAGAAGAAGACUUGGACAGCUUUUGUAGAGAAAGAAAGAAAAAGGAAGAAAACGGGUGGGGGCCAUGGGGACUAGGCUUAACUGAUGCCUGCCUGCCUCUUUUUGAUUUGAUGGCCUUUAUUCCUUCUAAUUGGAUAAAAUAGGAAGUCACUGGCAGUCCUGUGUGGCUGGGGAUACUGAUUUUACUCAGACCAGCCUGCAGCUCUAGAGUGUGGAUAGAGAGUGGGGAGUGGGGGGUUGGAAGAGGGGGAGGAAAGAGAGAGAGGAGAGAGAGAGGACGGGCUUGGAUGAAGAAGGGAAAGAAAGAGAGAGACUGAAGCAGAGAAGAGCCGCAGAGGAAGAAAGUGAAUGAGCACUCAAGAAGGACAAAGAGGAGUAGUCGGGGGUGGGGUGGAGGCAGGGCGGGGAAGGGAGUGACCGCCCCUCCUGGCUGCACUCUUGCCUCCGGAGCCCUCUGAUCCUGUUUGCAGUGAUGCUCCGAGGGCAGGCACCUGCUGCUCUGUAAUGAUUCAGCCCCUUUCAGCCGUCGUCGCGUUAACACAACAGGAUGCUGUUGCUAUUGUCACUACUGCCUCUCCUGCCGCCGCCGCUGCUGCCGCCGCCGCCACCGCCGCUGGUCCUCCUUCUGCUUUUACUUCUCCUGCAUGACAGUUGUUUUCUUCAUCUGAGCAGACACCAGCUUCAGAUGCUCGAGGUGAGAAACAUGCCUUUCAGUUUGGGCUACUGGUUUACUUAAUUAACCAGCCGGCAGCUCCGUCGAUCUAUUUUGGUCCCUGUCCUCUUGACGAGCCCGGGAUGGUUUGGAGUAACGUUUAAAAGAACUAGAAAAGUGGCCCAGAAACAGCAGUUUAAAGAAUUAUAACGAUAUACUCUGAUUUUGUAGUUGCUAGGAGCUUUUCUUCCCCCCUUGCAUCUUCCUGAACUCUUCUUGAUUUUGAUAAUGGCCUUGGACUUGGACGAUUUAUCGAUUUCCCCCUGUAAGAUGCUGUAUCAUUUGGUUGGGGGGGCCUCUGCGUGGUAAUGGACCGUGAGAGCGGCCAGGCCUUCUUCUGGAGGUGAGCCGAUGGAGAUUUAUUCCCCAGACAUGUCUGAGGUCGCCGCCGAGAGGUCCUCUAGCCCCUCCACUCAGCUGAGUGCAGACCCAUCUCUUGAUGGGCUUCCGGCAGCAGAAGACAUGCCAGAUCCCCAGACUGAAGAUGGGAGAACCCCUGGACUCGUGGGCCUGGCCGUGCCCUGCUGUGUGUGCCUAGAAGCUGAGCGCCUGAGAGGUUGCCUCAACUCAGAGAAAAUCUGCAUUGUCCCCAUCCUGGCUUGCCUGGUCAGCCUCUGCCUCUGCAUUGCCGGACUCAAGUGGGUAUUCGUGGACAAGAUCUUUGAGUAUGACUCUCCUACUCACCUUGACCCUGGGGGAUUAGGCCAGGACCCUAUUAUUUCUCUGGACCCAACUGCUGCCUCAGCUGUGUGGGUGUCGUCUGAGGCAUAUACUUCACCUGUCUCUAGGGCUCAAUCUGAAAGCAAGGUUCAAGUUACAGUGCAAGGUGACAAGGCUCUUGUCUCCUUUGAACCAUCAGCGGCACCGACACCGAAGAAUCGUAUUUUUGCCUUUUCUUUCUUGCCGUCCACUGCACCAUCCUUCCCUUCACCCACCCGGAACCCUGAGGUGAGAACGCCCAAGUCAGCAACUCAGCCACAAACAACAGAAACUAAUCUCCAAACUGCUCCUAAACUUUCUACAUCUACAUCCACCACUGGGACAAGCCAUCUUGUAAAAUGCGCAGAGAAGGAGAAAACUUUCUGUGUGAAUGGAGGCGAGUGCUUCAUGGUGAAAGACCUUUCAAACCCCUCGAGAUACUUGUGCAAGUGCCCAAAUGAGUUUACUGGUGAUCGCUGCCAAAACUACGUAAUGGCCAGCUUCUACAAGCAUCUUGGGAUUGAAUUUAUGGAGGCGGAGGAGCUGUACCAGAAGAGAGUGCUGACCAUAACUGGCAUCUGCAUCGCCCUCCUUGUGGUUGGCAUCAUGUGUGUGGUGGCCUACUGCAAAACCAAGAAACAGCGGAAAAAGCUUCAUGACCGUCUUCGGCAGAGCCUUCGGUCUGAACGAAACAAUAUGAUGAACAUUGCCAAUGGACCUCACCAUCCUAACCCACCCCCCGAGAAUGUCCAGCUGGUGAAUCAAUAUGUAUCUAAAAACGUCAUCUCCAGUGAGCAUAUUGUUGAGAGAGAAGCAGAGACAUCCUUUUCCACCAGUCACUAUACUUCCACAGCCCAUCAUUCCACUACUGUCACCCAGACUCCUAGCCACAGCUGGAGCAACGGACAUACUGAAAGCAUCCUUUCCGAAAGCCACUCUGUAAUCAUGAUGUCAUCCGUAGAAAACAGUAGGCACAGCAGCCCAACUGGGGGCCCAAGAGGACGUCUUAAUGGCACAGGAGGCCCUCGUGAAUGUAACAGCUUCCUCAGGCAUGCCAGAGAAACCCCUGAUUCCUACCGAGACUCUCCUCAUAGUGAAAGGUAUGUGUCAGCCAUGACCACCCCGGCUCGUAUGUCACCUGUAGAUUUCCACACGCCAAGCUCCCCCAAAUCACCCCCUUCGGAAAUGUCUCCACCCGUGUCCAGCAUGACGGUGUCCAUGCCUUCCAUGGCGGUCAGCCCCUUCGUGGAAGAAGAGAGACCUCUACUUCUCGUGACACCACCAAGGCUGCGGGAGAAGAAGUUUGACCAUCACCCUCAGCAGUUCAGCUCCUUCCAUCACAACCCCGUGCAUGACAGUAACAGCCUCCCCCCUAGCCCCUUGAGGAUAGUGGAGGAUGAGGAGUAUGAAACGACCCAGGAGUACGAGCCAGCCCAAGAGCCUGUUAAGAAACUCGCCAAUAGCCGGCGGGCCAAAAGAACCAAGCCCAAUGGCCACAUUGCUAACAGAUUGGAAGUGGACGGCAACACAAGCUCCCAGAGCAGUAACUCAGAGAGUGAAACAGAAGAUGAAAGAGUAGGUGAAGAUACACCUUUCCUGGGCAUACAGAACCCCCUGGCAGCCAGUCUUGAGGCAACACCUGCCUUCCGCCUGGCUGACAGCAGGACUAACCCAGCAGGCCGCUUCUCGACACAGGAAGAAAUCCAGGCCCGGCUGUCUAGUGUAAUUGCUAACCAAGACCCUAUUGCUGUAUAAAACCUAAAUAAACACAUAGAUUCACCUGUAAAACUUUAUUUUAUAUAAUAAAGUAUUCCACCUUAAAUUAAACAAUUUAUUUUAUUUUAGCAGUUCUGCAAAUAGAAAACAGGAAAAAAAAACUUUUAUAAAUUAAAUAUAUGUAUGUAAAAAUGUGUUAUGUGCCAUAUGUAGCAAUUUUUUACAGUAUUUCAAAACGAGAAAGAUAUCAAUGGUGCCUUUAUGUUAUGUUAUGUCGAGAGCAAGUUUUGUACAGUUACAGUGAUUGCUUUUCCACAGUAUUUCAGCAAAACCUCUCAUAGAUUCAGUUUUUGCUGGCUUCUUGUGCAUUGCAUUAUGAUGUUGACUGGAUGUAUGAUUUGCAAGACUUGCAACUGUCCCUCUGUUUGCUUGUAGUAGCACCCGAUCAGUAUGUCUUGUAAUGGCACAUCCAUCCAGAUACGCCUCACUUGUGUAUGAAGUUUUCUUUGCUUUCAGAAUAUGAAAUGAGUUGUGUCUACUCUGCCAGCCAAAGGUUUGCCUCAUUGGGCUCUGAAAUAAUAGUAGAUCCAACAGCAUGCUACUAUUAAAUACAGCAAGAAACCGCAUUAAGUAAUGUUAAAUAUUAGGAAGAAAGUAAUACUGUGAUUAAAAAAAAAAAACUAUAUUAUUAAUCAGAAGACAGCUUGCUCUUACUAAAAGGAGCUCUCAUUUACUUUAUUUGAAUUUUUUUUUCUCUUGAUAAAAAGCAACAGUUUUAGGGAUAGCUUAGAAAAUGGGUUCUGGCUUGCUAUCAGGGUUAAUCUAACACCUUAUGAGAGGACUCAAUGUCACUUUCUCUCUGGGGGAAUGAUCCAGCAGCUUAUCUAGUUGACGAUCAAACCAUGGCUGAUAAAGGUGCAAUCAUUUCUGACUUGUAGUUUUCACUGAUUUUGAAGCUAGUGAUUGGUUGUGUCUUCUCGGCUCAAAAAGAGGCAUAUUACGGCACAAAAAGCCCAGCCCAGACAGCACAUGCAGCAUUUUGUCUGAAAUACUUCCGGAGUCAAACAUGCCUGCUGUAAUAGCAGUGACUUGUCAUCAUAGGGAAGUAUUUCCAUUGUUAAGUGUUCAGAAGGAGUGACUGUAUAGGUGGAAAGAAACUUGGUGACUCGGUUGAAAUUUUAAAAUGUGGAUGACCACUCCUUUCUCCCCCUCUUUGUCUUGUAUUUUUCCAUGUUGCCUUGAUCAGGUCAUAACUGUGCCUGAACAUUUUUAUCAGGAAUGGCCGAUGUGUAUGUGAUUUGGGAUCACAAGUAAUGAUUCAUCAGGAAAUGUCGAUCCUGUUGGAAAGAUUGCACCUUUACUUGUGGAAGUGACCCCCACCUGUGUCCUGACCUCUCCAUUGACAGCCUCUCUCACCCAUUUCCCCCACCUCCUUUAAUUUUUGCUUUACUGUCAUAAAGUAGGACUAAGAUUGGCCUAAGCAUUGCAUGUUCUCUUGUGAUGGUAAAUCCAAAGGAAGGCCUAUAAAUAUUAACACUUGAAAUAACUGCUAAUAAAGGAAAAUGGAAGAAAAAAAAUUAUUUGAAACACAGAACCCAUUUCAUGGCCUGUCUGAUACCUGUUAAAUCAGGGCUGGAGCUUUACUUAGGUUUCACGUGGCCUCUUAGGAGCCAUGGGACAAAUGAGAAACAGGUUAUCGGGGGCUUCAUGGAGUCAGUGAGAGUAAUUGCUUCUUUUUUGCGGGUGAACUGAAUAUAUUUCUUCACCAAAUCUUGAUGUUAACAAUUAAGAAGAAGAAAUGACAUGGAAGUAGAUCUCAGCAGAAAAAUGCAGGCUGGGCAUGAGUCAUGUUACGCUCCCACAUGCUCCUACAAUCCACACAGAUGCCUGUCUGCGGAUUCUUGAAGUUACUGUUACUAUUUAGUAUCUCAAAUUUUCCGUCAUUGUUCACAUGCCACUUUCUCUGUGCUCAGUGGUAUCCUCAUUUGCUUUUUAACCUACACUGAGGAGCCUUUGCAAGUUGCACUGAUUUUCCAAUUCUGCAGAUAUGAGUAAGCUCACGGCAUGGGGAAGAAGACAGUCAGUCCAAUGAAGUUCUCUAAAUUAUUUUAACAUUGCCUUUGAAGGCCUUGACUCAUCCUUAGCUAUUUCAAUAAAGAAAUUCCUACCAUGAAUUUAAAACCCUAAAAAUUCUGUUUAAAAUUAUUUGGGCAUUGGGGAACUCAGAUGUCCCAUUGUGGUAGAAUUUUAAAAAUAAAUAGAAGUUUCUAUUGAGAACCAUGGGCAACAUGUUUCUUACAAUGAGAAUUGCUAUGCAUUUUCAAAUUGCAAAUAUAUAUGAAAAUUGAAGACAAGAGGAAAUUGUAUUUCCAACUUGACUCUAAUCACUCACAGAGGUAGCUUAUUAUUAUAGUUGGGAUGUCCUUUGCACCCUUGAUAAGAAAAGCCAAUUGACUGCUCAGCGCCACCUGCCAUGGCCACUUGAUUUGUGUUCACAAGGGUAUCUCUGUGAUGCUUGUCACGUCACUCUUGACCACCUCUGUUAAUAAAUUCAGGCAGUGAAGUGGCGAUCGGAGUGUGACCCUAUAUUCCCAGCAUAUGGAAAGCUAUCUUGGGUUUUAAGGUGGUAGAGAUUGCCCAGGAGUUUGACAGCAACUUUGUUUCCUGGGUCGAAAAUCAUAUCCCACUGAGGUGUAUGCAGUGGAGCAUAAUACAUGCAAAUACAUGCAAAACUCCUUUUGUUUUACCUAAGAUUCACUUUCUGUCUUACUUUCCCUUCCUGCUUAGUAUGACUUUUGCCCCCAAGAGUGCCUGGACAGCAUUCUAGUUUCUACAAAAUGGUCCUCUGUGUGGGUGAACGUGUCCGAAACCUGCUAUCUCUUCCUUGUUUCAGUGUGACUGUCUUGAUAGAGGUGGAGUUUAUCCAGGGUAACUUGCUCAGUAACUAUUCCUUUUUAUGGCCUGGGGUUAAAGGGCGCAUGGCUCACAUUGGUGAAAAUAAGGAAGGCCUGGUCUUAUCUUGUAUUAAUAGUACUGGCUGCAUUCCACCAGCCAAAGAUUUCUAUCUGCAAAGACCUAUGAAACACUGAAGAGAAAUGUAGGCAGAAGGAAAUGGCCACAUAUCACAAGUUCUAUUAUAUAUUCUUUUGUAAAUACAUAUUGUAUAUUACUUGGAUGUUUUCUUAUAUCAUUUACUGUUUUUAUGAGUUAAUGUCAGUUUUUACUCUCUCAACUUACUGUGUAACAUUGUAAAUAACAUAAUGUCCUUUAUUAUUUAUAUUUAAGCAUCUAACAUAUAGAGUUGUUUCCAUAUAAGUUUAAGAUAAAUGUCAAAAAUAUAUGUUCUUUUGUUUUUCUUUGCUUUAAAAUUAUGUAUCUUUUCCUUUUCUUUUUUUUAAGAAUAAUUUAUUGUUCAGGAGAAAGAAUGUAUAUGUAACUGAAACUAUCUGAAGAAUGCACAUUGAAGGCCGUGAGGUACUGAUAAACUAAAGAAUUUAUUAUUCAAAAUACUAAGCAAUAAGUAAUUGUGAUUUAUUUAAAGUUUUGUCCAUUUUCCAUGAAAGACAUACUGCAAUAAAAAUGCUACUCUGUGGAGACCUGGGAGUGUUGCUCGGCAGACUACAGCUUCAGUCUGUUAGACCAGCAACUUUCAUCUCAUUCCCAUAGUUGUGCUAAUUCAGGAUUGUGUUCCAUGGACCCCAUGA